AUGCCGGAAACAAUCAUCAUCCCCAGCUCCUCCAACGGUGGCCAAGUCACCAUCAAACCCACCGCCACAUUCACGGGUGAUGUUUACCUCGACAUCUUGCAUAUGGAUGAGAAGGCUGCCAUUGCCAAUGUUACUUUCACUCCCUGUGCGCGGACAUAUUGGCACACCCAUGAAGAAGGGCAAUUUCUGAAAGUCGUAGCCGGUUCUGGUUGGAUCUGUGACGAGGGUAGCGAGCCACGCCGCAUCAAUAUGGGAGACCUGAUCUGGGCUCCGGCGGGAACAACCCACUGGCAUGGAGCUGAUGAUGAUAGCAUUAUGACACACUUCGUGAUCGGUUUGGGCAAGACCACAUGGCACGGUCCAGUGACGGAUGAACAGUAUGAUGUCAAAAAGGAUUAG